AUGUCUUUGGAAAAGUUUAUCCGUCUUUCGGACAUGUUGGUCGAAUUUGAGGCCAAUUUAAAUGAUAAACAGAACCCAUUGUCAUCGAGUUUUGUUAUAGAAACUCACAAGGAAGAGGUAAGGGAUAUAUGGGAUCGACUUAAGCCUGCCUACGAGCAGUGUCUUUCCGACAUCGAGCAGGAAUCGCCAGAUGAGGAGGAUAAUAAGGGAGAUGAUGAAAGGGCUUCGGUACUAGAGACUGUGAAGUCCAAGUUCAAGAGCGCGUUUGCUACUUAUUGCCGAUGCGUGGAGCAGUUAGGGGAAAUGCUGCAAAAAUUGCCUGUGCCAACGGCUCCAUCCGUUCCGAGCCAGCCUCAGGGCUUUAAGCUGCCACCCUGUGAAAUCCCGGUUUUCAGUGGGGACUACCGCUCUUGGCCCACAUUUCGGGAUAUGUUUACAGCGGUGUGCAUAGAAAAUCCUCGACUUAGUUCCGUUGAAAAAUUGUUCCAUUUGAACCAAAGGACUAAGGGUGAACCGAAUGACAUUGUUGGGAAAGUUCCAUUGACCAACGAAAACUUCAUUGUGGCAUGGAAGAGCCUUUGUUCACGUUACGAGAACAAGAGGGUCUUAGUGAAUAAUCAAUUGAAGUCUUUGUUCGCCAUUGCCUCCACUCAAUCCGAAUCAGCUCAGUCACUUAAGACACUCCAGAGGGAUAUAAAUGCAUGCAUUUCCAUGCUUAAACUUUACGGAAUUGACGUCGAAAGUUGGGACCCAAUUUUUAUAUUCAUUUGCUCUAGUCGUCUGCCUGAUACCACAUUGACUCUAUGGGAGCAGACACUAGACGACAAGACGGUCAUUCCAAAAUGGUGUUCACUAGAUGCUUUCCUAACGAACCGUCACAGAACCUUAGAAUCCGUCUCCGAGAUGCGCAGGACGGACCCUGCGCCCGAUUCUUCUGCCGAGAAGACAAACCCCAGAUCUGUGAAUAAAGGUCUUAAAGCAUUUCAAACUAGGGUGACAGAUUCCAAGUGUCGACUAUGCCCUACAGAGGUCCAUGUGAUCCGCAAAUGUCCCAAGUUUUUGACCAUGACCCCGCAACAGAGAUUGACGGAGAUCAAGAGAUUCGACUUAUGCCUUAACUGUUUUUCGAAGGUGCAUAGUGUGAGAAAUUGUACCAGCAAGUUCUCUUGUUUCCAAUGUUCCAAACGACAUAAUACCCUACUCCAUCGGGAACAGGUUCCCCAGAGCCUACCCAGCCCAAAUUCCAAUUCUUCCAUAAGCUGUACGCCCUCGCCCUCGCAUUCUACCCCCUCCUCUAUUGCCAUACAGUCCACUAGUUCAGAGGGUGAAAUAGUACAGUCUUGUUUUGCUGCCCAGUCCAAGGGAGUUUUAUUAGGCACUGCUUUGGUGAAAAUACGCCACAAUGGGUUAGCAUAUCUGGCUAGAGCGUUGGUGGAUUCUGGUUCGGAGGGAACAUUUAUCUCCGAAAAACUGUUUAACACGCUUAGGCUUCCAUUUAAGCGGACUGCUGCCUGUAUUUAUGGUUUGAAUAAUUCUACUUCGGCUUCCGUCCAGAAGGAAUGCUCCUUCCUCCUAGCUUCGCAUAGUGAUGAUGAUUUCGAAGUUUCGGUUAGUGCCCUUGUAGUUCCACAUCUCUCUGGAAGCCUUCCAUCAAGAACCAUUGGUAUGAACUUGCUUGCCGACAUUCCAAGUAUUCCGUUGGCCGAUCCCCGGUUUUAUGAGAAAGCGACGAUUGAUCUUUUGAUAGGAGCGGAUUUGCUUCCUAUGAUUAUGCGAUCGGGUAUUAAGAGAGAAAUCUGUGGAUCACUACUGGCACAGGAAACUGUUUUCGGUUGGAUCCUUACAGGUCCUAUUCCAUGUGAGAGGAAUACUUCAUGUUCCAGGGUUGUAUCCUAUUUCUGUGAGUUAUCCCUCGAUGCUGCUAUUUCUCGUUUCUGGGAGGUGGAAGACCUUCCCAGGAAGACGUUCCUUUCCGCGUCUGAUAGGUUUUGUGAGGAACUAUAUUCCGCCACCACCACAAGGGAUAAGAAUGGCAGAUAUAUUGUAUCCCUCCCGUUCAAGGAGGAUUUUCUGGCGGGUAGUGAUAUCGGCCAUUCCAGAAAUGCAGCUUUGGUACAGUUCUUUCGAAAUGAGGCACGUCUUCUUCGAACGCCGCAGUUCAAGGACGAAUAUGACAAGGUACUUACGGAGUACGAAUCCUUAGGUCAUAUGACGAAAGUUUCCGAUCCGAUAAGUCCCGGUCUUUCAUCACAUUACUACCUUCCACACCAUGCGGUGGUGAAACCGGACAGCACGACCACGAAGGUGCGGGUUGUUUUUAAUGCUUCCUCUCGCGCUUCCAACGGGAAGAGUCUCAACGACGUUUUACAUACCGGUCCUGUGCUGCAACAGGAUCUUGUAGUACUUAUUUUGAACUGGAGAUUGUUUCGUUACGUAUUCAAUGGGGACAUUACCAAGAUGUACCGACAAAUCUUGGUAAAUCCUGAACAUAGGGCAUUUCAGCGCAUUCUCUUUCGACAGGAUCCAAACGGAAAAGUUCAAGACUACGAACUAAGUACGGUUACUUUUGGAGUAAAUUGUGCUCCUUUCCUGGCCAUUCGGACCCUCCUGCAAUUGGCCGAUGAUGUUCGGGGGACGUAUCCGCUGGCUUACGAGAUUCUUCGGAACUCAAUGUAUGUGGAUGACGCCUUGGUGGGCGCACAUUCUAUACCAGCUGCAAUUGAUGCUAGGGGGCAGUUAAUUCAGGCACUGGGUUCCGCCGGUUUUGCGAUGCGAAAAUGGACAUCGAAUUCCAAAGAGAUUCUCUCUGGCGUUCCAACGGAACAGUUGCUUUUCGAGGAUUUUUUAGAAUUUGAUGACCGAAGUACGGCCAAAACCUUGGGCAUUCGUUGGAAUGCAUCGUCCGACUCGUUUUUCUUUACUGCGCUUCCAUUUCCUGGACACUGUUCAUAUACGAAGAGGGAGGUUUUAUCCCAAAUAUCUAGGCUUUUUGACCCUGCUGGUUGGCUUGCUCCAUGUAUAGUUAUCGCCAAAUUGAUUAUGCAAACAAUUUGGGUAGAAGGUACAAAAUGGGAUGAGGAGAUUUCGGUACAGUCGUUAUCCAGCUGGAAAUCAUUCCAGUCUUUCUAUCCAUCUAUUAAUUCAAUUGCUGUACCAAGCUUUGAAUCAUCAACAGCGGUCAAUGUAAGUGAAUCCAACUGUAACAGUGCUACAAGGAAGAAGAAGAAGAAAAACAGCAUAGGCAAAGCUCCAAAUAUGUUCCAAUAA